CCCCGAGUCCUUUCGCCUCUUCCUGUCCCGCCCACUUCCUCCACUAAGAAGCGUGCUGAUUGCUGAAUAUCGGAUUGCUGUCCUUCCCGGAACUGAGAAUGCAGUCUAUUGAGAUCAGUGGAAAGUAUUUCUUUUCAGGAUACUUCUCUGGAGUCCUGCCUCAUGGUUAUAAAGACAUCAGUGAGGUCCGAGAUAUACCUGACAACCAAGAGGUGUUUGUUCACCCUCACACAGAUCAGAGUAUCAUAAUUGAACUUUUGGAGUACCAAGAGCACGUUGGAGAUGCAGUUGCAGCUAAAUACCAUUUUGAGGAUCUUGCUAGUAGUAAUGAAGCUUCCAAUUCUGGGAACUCUGAGGUAAUCAGUGUGGAGCCCAUUUCGAAAGAGGAGAUUUCUUUGCAGGAAUGUUCAUCUGCUUGGUUUCUGACAGGGCGCCAGCUUGUGGCCAAGUUCAAUGAAGAGGUGAAGAACACCGUUAACAUCUAUCUUGGACUUUUCCGACUCCCACAAUAUACAACGGAUAUAGUGAUCUCUUUCAAUGACCCAGUUGUUAUCCAUCCUCUAAGCAGCAGUGCCACCAGUGAAACGGCAUUAGACGUCAGCACACCCUCAUGGACUGUGGAGCAAUUCAGACUGCUUCUGCAGACAUUCAGACUGCUGAACUCGUCUGUGUUUGGAUAACCUGUUGAAACACACUUCUCAUCCCAAACCAGACUAAUAUGUGUUCUACACUUGUUCAUGAAAAAUUUUGCCUAGAAAGAUGAAUAUUAUCUAUGUGGAAUUGUUUUCAACAGAAAAGGUAAAAAAUAAUAUCAAAACACCUGACUGUGCAAUAUUUGUUUUUUAUUUUGUUAAAUUGACAAAAAGAUUCCCCUUUUAAUAUGUAAUAAAUAUCUUGUUAAAUGUGAGUGUACACCUUUCA